CAUGAUCUCGGAAUUGAUAGCUGUGGCUUUUGCAGCAUUAUCGCUGAGAGCUAUAAUAUCAAUGAACUCAUUCUCUGGCUACAACAAAGCGCCUAUGUUUGGUGAUUACGAGGCACAGCGGCACUGGCAAGAGGUGACAGUAAAUUUGCCGGCGAAGCAAUGGUACACGAACGGAACACGCAACGAUUUACAGUAUUGGGGAUUGGAUUACCCGCCUCUAACUGCAUAUCACAGUUAUCUCGUUGGCCGUACAGCCGAACUGGUGAAUAGCAGUUAUGUUGAGUUGGACACGAGUCGUGGCAUCGAAACAAGGCAACAUAAGAGUUUUAUGCGCCUCACAGUUUUAGCAGCGGAUGCAUUUGUUUAUAUACCAGCGAUGAUCAUUCUGGCCAUUUGCAUGGAGCUCACCUUUCGCAGAACCAACGCCAACAGGCGGCAAUUGUUUGUGCUGCUCGCAAUUUAUCCCGGCCAAGUGCUGAUCGACAAUGGACACUUUCAGUAUAAUAAUAUAUCGCUUGGAUUGGCGGCUUUGGCCAUCGCUGCGAUAUUGUAUAAUAAACACUAUGUUGCCGCAUUUGCCUUCACGCUAGCAUUGAAUUACAAGCAAAUGGAAUUAUAUCACGCAUUGCCAUUCUUUGCAUACCUUCUCAGUUCAACAUUAUCACACAAAAGUUUUAGAUCGUUUGCCAUUGAGCUGGCGGGAAUUGCUAGUAUUGUCCUGGGAUUGUUUGCGAUCUUAUGGUUUCCCUGGCUUGGUUCACUUGAUGCAACUUUGCAGGUUUUGCACCGUCUCUUUCCAAUCGGACGCGGUGUAUUUGAGGACAAAGUUGCAAACUUUUGGUGCAGCUUUAAUGUCGUUUAUAAACUGAAAAAUCAUAUCUCAAAUGACCAAAUGGCAAUCAUUUGUUUAGGCACCACAUUAUUGGCAGUACUCCCAACGAAUAUACAUCUAUUUUUCCGCAGAAGUAAACACACAUUCCUGUUAGCUUUAUUUAACACGGCUGCAGCGUUUUUCCUGUUUUCGUUUCAAGUUCAUGAGAAGUCGAUCCUGCUGGUUUCAUUGCCAGCGAUAUGUUUAUUUCCCUGGUGGCCUAGGGAAAUGGUUUGGUUUCUGGAGGUGUCAGUGUUUAGUAUGAUUCCGCUCUUAAGAAGGGAUAACUUGCUAGUUCCAACCAUAGCAUUAAUGAUCAUAUUUCAUUUUGCUUUUAAGUGUAGGUAUUUUCAGGUCAACAAAAAAAUGGAAGAUGAAAAGAAUUUGUUAAACUCCAUCAUUAAAAUAUCGGAAAGUUUAAUGGUUAGUAUUUUAGUAGGCUUUCUGACGAUAGAACCAACUGCCAGGCUUCCAGAUAUUUGGCCAUUAAUAAUUUCGGUAAUAAGUUGUGGACAUAUUUGUGUCUUCCUGGUCUGGGGAUAUAUUCAACAGUUUUCCAACUUGAGUCUUAACCUUAAAUAAUUCGAC